AUGGCCACGGAAUUUAGUGAUGGGCUGACGAACCAGCCUGUGGUCAUUGACAAUGGCUCUGGGACCAUCAAGGCUGGGUUUGCUGGGCAGGAUACGCCCAAGUGUUUCUUUCCCACUAGUGUAGGGCGCCCGAAGCACACGCGUGCGAUGGCCGGCGCCGUGGAGGGGGACCAGUUUAUUGGCCGCAGGGCGCAGGAGCUUCGUGGGCUCUUGCGGAUACGAUACCCCAUGCAGCAUGGACUUGUGAAUGACUGGGGGGAUAUGGAACGGAUAUGGAACUACAUCUACACGGAAGAGCUCAAGACGCUCCCAGAGGAGCAUCCCGUCCUGCUCACUGAGGCUCCCCUGAAUUCGCGCGCGAACCGGGAGGCGGCGGCACAGGUCUUCUUCGAGACAUUCAAUGUGCCCGCCAUGUAUGUGAGCAUUCAGGCGCUGCUCAGUCUAUACUCGUCCGGCCGCACCACUGGUGUCGUGCUCGAUUCGGGCGACGGUGUAACCCAUGCUGUCCCCGUGUACGAAGGCUUUGCGAUGCCGCAUGCCAUACGGCGCAUCGACGUGGCCGGUCGCGAUAUUACGGAGCACCUACAAAUGCUGCUGCGCCGCUCAGGGUACUACUUUCAUACCUCUGCAGAAAAGGAGAUCGUGCGUGCGAUCAAGGAACAGUGCUGCCAGCUAGAGACGCAGGGCUCAAGCAGCGAAGCGAAGCCACCCAUCGAGUUUACGCUCCCUGAUGGCAACCUCAUCAAGCUGGGACACGAGCGGUUCUGUGCGCCUGAGGCGCUCUUCCGCCCGGAGAUGAUCGGACAUGAAGAUGUAGGCGCGCACCAGGUCCUGAUCGACGCGAUUGGGCGCGCCGAUCUCGAUCUACGGCGUCAGCUCUACGGAAACAUUGUUCUGAGUGGCGGCACCACCCUCACGAAAGGUUAUGGCGAGCGCCUCCUAUACGAAGUCAAGCACCUCGCCCCCCCGGACAUGAAAAUCAAGAUCUCAGCGCCGCCUGAGCGAAAGUACUCCACUUGGAUUGGUGGGAGCAUUUUCGCCGGGCUAAGCACGUUUCGCAAGGUUCGUGCCUCGCACUAA